CCUAGACAACAUCCUUCCUCAAAAAGACAGUGUAUCUAGAUAUGAUACAGAAGUGCAGUUGCUGAAACUGAAGCAGCAUAAGAGGAGCAUCAAAGGAUUUAUUUGAUCUCACUUCCGUGCAGUGAGGAGGAACUGUCACGUAAAGAUGGUGCCAAGUGUCCUGUUCCUUCUUCUGCUUAACACCUCGGCCUGCUGGGGUUUCGGCUUUAAAGGCUGCUCUCAGAACUUCCCCAAGACAGACGUCAUGUGGUGCUUCAACCAGAACAUCGCUAACCUCUCUGAAGUCGUUAGCAUGAUCCCAGAAAACAUAACAACAAUCAACCUGUCCAGGAACAAGAUCAGAGUCAUCCCACCUGGAUCAUUCAGUCAGAUGCUCGGGCUCAAACGCCUGGAUCUGAGCCAGAACAAGCUGGUCUCUCUAAAAGGAGGAGAAUUCAGAGGCCUGGGUGGCCUGGAAUUGCUCAACCUCACCUGCAACAACAUCUCACACAUCCACUCCAAUGCCUUUGAUGGGCUUACCCGGGUACAAACUCUGCUUCUGAUCCGAAACUUACUUGCAACAAUUUCUCCGGGUAUCUUUAACUCCCUCCCAGCAAUUCAAGAAGUCGAUCUGUCCCUGAACAUGCUUGAGGUUUUCAGCUGUGGAGACUCUGGUGGAUCGUCCACUCUUCGACGGCUCGAUCUUUUUGCAAACAAUAUCCAGAAGUUAAACGUGAGCUGUUUCCCUGCCCUAGAGCACAUCAGGCUGUCCAACAACUCAAAGCUGGAGCUGCAGGCUGAUGUUUUUGCCUCCAACCCCGGACUGAAAACUCUACUUUGUCAGGGAGUCAAAGGAGAAGUACUGGUUGGACUCUCGGCAGUGACAAAGAAGAAUCUCUCUUGGGUGGCAUUUUCUCUGUUUGUGGAGAAAUCGCCACUGACUAUCUGUGGAUUGCUAAAAGGAAUGGACCAGCUUAAGAUAGUAGAGGUUGACUUGAAAGGAUCCAGGUUACCUCAGACUAACUCCAGCCUGCUGGACUGUGCCACUCCACCUGUGGUCAUCAUUGUGGAUGCAAACCUCGGCAAUGUUGCCCAGUUGUCAUUGGGCAGGGGGAAUACGAGCCAACUUCAUCUCAUCAACUGUGGGUUGAAGCAGAUAUCUCGCACUACAUUUGACGGUUACCGAGGACUGAAAAUGCUGCAGCUGAAUCAAAAUAAGCUGGACAUUCAGUUGGACACAUUCAAAGGCCUGACCCACCUCACGUUUUUAAGCUUUGACAAAAGCAAAGUUGCAGAUAUUGACCCCAACUGGUUCAACCCUCUGAAGAAGCUGACUAUCCUUUCUCUUACGAAAAAUGCAAUCACUGAGUUGAAGCCAAAGGUAUUCAGCACCCUUACUCAACUUGAGCAGCUCUACCUGCAGUUCAACCUGCUGAAAUACAUCACCAAGAAGCCCUUCAGUAAGCUGCGGAGGCUAACGAAGCUCAACCUCAGCUUAAACAUCAUUGAUUUCAUUGAAGAAGACACCUUUCAAGACCUGACAAAUCUCACAUACCUGGACUUAAGUGGAAACCGCAUCAAGAGGCUGACACCUUAUAUUCUGUCCGGCCUGAUCAAUUUGAGGACAUUUAUUCUGUAUAACAACCGCCUCCAUUUUGAAUCCUAUGAAACUCCUUUCAUCAACCUUACUUCUCUGGAGUAUCUGCAGAUGACCUACCAGGGGCCCGGAGGUCAAGGCAUUGGUACCAUUGGACCACAUUUCUUCCAAGAUCAACGUCGACUUACCUCAUUCGAAAUAGGCCACAGCAUCCUGCUCGACUUCCAUCCCGAAGCCUUUAUUCCUCUGGUCAAUUUGAAAUACCUGUACAUAGCUGGAGUGGUUAUGAAAACGACCAACCUGAGUGCAGUGUUGUCCCCUCUGAAAGGGCUGAAGAGGUUGACUAUUUACAGGGCAGACCUUGAUGCUCUGCCUGCUAAUCUUCUGCCUCCAGAUAACACACUGGAGAUUCUCAAAGUCCAGUCAAACCACCUGCACACUGUGGACAAAGCCAUGCUGGAUGCUCUGUCAAGAUUGCAUUUUUUAGACAUUACAGACAACCCACUUACCUGUACCUGUGAUAACGCGUGGUUCAAGACCUGGGCCAUCCACAACACACACACACAGGUGUCCUACCUGUACAACCUGAAGUGUGACAACGACAGGAGAUCUCCCUACCUGUGGCAGUUUGAUGAUAAGGCCUGCUCCUAUGAACAGGUUUCCUUCACUCUCUUCAUCGCCUGCUCUGUGGUGGACAUGUUGUUUGUAUGCGUGUGUCUGGCCUGGCAUAAACAGGGCCCCACUCUGCGCUACCUGCUGCUCAUCCUCAGAGCAAAACUACGUGGCCGUAGAGGGGCAGCAGGGGCCAAAUUCCAGUAUGAUGCCUUCAUCUCUUACAGCUCUAAUGACGAGGCCUGGGUGAUGGGACAGCUGGUGCCCAAUCUAGAGCGGCCUGCUGCUGGUGCACCGAGGCUCAGACUGUGCCUCCACCACAGAGACUUCCGCCCCGGCGCUGCCGUUAUGGAGAACAUCGAGGCGGCCAUUUACAGCUCUCGCCACACCAUCUGUGUGGUGACACGUCACUUCCUGCGCAGCGAGUGGUGCUCCUUGGAGUUUCAGAUGGCCAGUCUGAGGCUUUUAUGUGAUGGCAGUGAUGUCCUGCUGCUGGUGUUCCUGGAGGAGAUACCUGAGCACUGCCUGUCCCCCUACACACGUUUACGCAAGAUCGUACACAAGAAGACCUACCUGCUGUGGCCGGAGAACCCACAGGAGCAGGACGCUUUCUGGGUCAGACUGAUCGAUGCUUUAAAGGACAGUGAGGAGGAAGAGGAGGGAGAAGGAGGGGGAGAACAAGAGUUGGCACGGCUAAUUGGCUAGACCAAAUGCUAACUGUUUCAACAUAAUUAUCUGUUCCUGGUCUUUAAAGUGUAUAUUGUGUAUUGUUUCAUUAACAUUUUAAAGCUAUAGUGCGUAGUUUCUGUCGCCCCCAUGAGAAAUUCUAAGUAACAAAACGGUCGGCGUGUUCCCAUGAUACAAACCUUAUGUGGGUGCCAUGUCAUUUCUCCGACACUCCAUUGUUCCCACCUCUCAAUAACCAGAACAAUUCCCUACAGCCCACUAGUCCGACGUCCCACUAUGGCCACACCAAGACCCGCCCUUCAAUAGCAUUUAUUGGCCAGGCGUCCAUGCUUACACAAGGUAACGUAACCCCAUUUGUACAGGUCCUAUCCGCUGACCAAUCGGCUAUCCUAACCUUAACCACUUGAGGUAAAAUGCCUAACUCUAACCAAUCGAGCAGGGCGGGUCUUGGCGUGGCCAUAGUAGGAUUCGUAAUUUCGCCACCAAAGGGGGCUGUAGGACCAAAGGGAAUUUUUCGGGUUAUUGAGAGGUAGAAACAAUGGAGCGUCAAAGAAAUGGGCAGUCCCCCCUUAUGUGAUUGCGUACGAUUCACCACCCCUCCUCCACACAGUUGCUAGUCAAGGAGAACACGGAGGAUAAAAAAAAACAUGAUUGACUCUUCAGAAGAGGUCAUUAUCUUCAUUCAAGCUUCUGCGUGGGAAAGUCA